UUUCUGUAAUUGGUAUUUAUACGUGUUAGAACUGUGAGUUUAAUUAUUGAUAUUAUCAGAAUGAGCCAGAUAUUAUUUAGAUAUUUUCAAAUGAUUUAUAUAUGGAAUUAUGAAUAUCCUUUCAAAACUCAUUUCGAAUACAGAGAUUUGUCAUGCAAGUUAGAUGGUUGAUAUGUGAAUAUAUGUAUUACAUGAUUAAGUGUUACGUGUGUAAUGGUCAUGUAACCAGUUAUGGUUAUUUACGAAUAUUACUUGAAUAUUUGGUAAAUUAUUUGAUAACUAGUUUUCUAUUUUGGUUACUUAUAUAUGUUGCAAUCGCGAGUUUUUAAUUUUUAUAUUCUCAGAAUAAAAUAUGGUACAUUUGGGUAUUUUCAUAAUGAUUUAUGAAUAAUAUGUGAUAUUUAUAUGAAUAUUUGUGAGGUUUGUGUUAUCGGGUUUAUUAAAUUGACUGCUCAUAUGUGUUCGGAUUCGAGAUAUUUCAAUUUUGAUAUGAUCAGGAUAAAAUAUAGUUUAUUUAGAUAUGUUCAUAUCGAUUUUUGGAUUGCUAUGUGAUUUUAUAAUCGAUUUAUGAAUUUAAUUUUGUUUAAUCAUUAAUUAUAUUUAAAUAGUUAUUUAACAAUUUAAACCCCGUGGGCGUUCGGGAGAAUUUCGCCAUUAGGCUAUUUGGGACAUUCUGAGCAUUUCUCGUGUUUUAACUUUUUCAAUCCGGAGUACGGUUUGCCCUGUAAAUGAUCCGGUACGAUUUUGCUAAUAUUUUUAAAGUUAAUAAUUAUCUGGUUGUCUCGUAACGCGUGAAGCAUAUUCCAGGAAUAUUCCAAAGCAUAUUCAAGGAAUAUUCUCUUAUCUUCUUCUAUAAAUAUCCUUUACCAGUUUAUUUCGCACGUACAAUCAUUUCGUCCGUUUCUCUGCACGAAUACCGAGAGAAGACGAACGGGUGUUCUUCGUGUUCUUCAUAUUCAAACGAGGAUUUGAAGGCGUUAUUGGAAUCCGAUGGAGGCGUAUAAAUAGUCAAAACGAAGCUCUCGACGCGUAGAAUCUAUUGUAGUCAUCAAUAUCAGCGCUGAAUCGACAGGGUUUGGACGAGACGGAUACGAUCGAAGACGUUCAGAAGAUCAAACGAUGUUACAAAGCGAAUAAGGAACGAAUCGAGUAAACGAAGCAGUGUGGCGAAUAGAGUAUAGCCAAAGAUGGUCUAGAGACUAUGCAUAGAGUGUGAAAGUGGAAAGAUGAGAUUGAGAUAUGAGACUGGAGUCGGAUUUAAGAAAAGCUUAGAGAUGAAUUGCUUGAUUGAGAUUGCGAGUAUGGCUAAGGCUAGUCGAGGAAUCAGAGUAUAGAGUAUCCAGAGGACAAGUGGAAAUGUUCAGGGAAAUUGUCAAGGUUGGUUCUAGAUAGAAUUGUUGAGAUUCAGUUGUAAUCAUAAUUUAAAUAGAUUGGCAGUGAUUCUUCUCAUCGAAGAUGAUCUGAGGUUGUAAGACAUUGUUUAUUUAUAGUGGUUGAUUCUAAUUUCAAUACUGUAACCUGGAUGCGAUCCUGUUUUUAGGGGGUUAAAGUGUGUUCUUUAAAAUCUUUUACUAAAGUCUUCAAGCUUUAAAUCCUUUGAUUUUUAUUACUUUUUUUUUAAAAAAAAUACAGGUUUUCAAAAGUGUUUAAAAUGGUUUUGUGUGGUGAUGUCAGAAUCCAGACCCCCGGAUUCUCGGGCUGUCACAGUUGGUAUCAGAGCAACAGGUUAUAAGUUAUUGAAAUUAGAAUAUAGGUUGUCAUUAUAAGUUUAUAGAGAAGAAGUGUUCAGUGACCUCAUAUAGAGGUAUUGUGAGACUGUCUGGGGAUAGUCUAGAGAGGUAAUCGGAAUAGAAUCUAGAUAGUUAAAUUAAGUUGAGGGUACAUGUUUAGAUGGAUCAUGGUUCCUAAGUCUAGACACUUGGUUUCUAGUAUGGGGACUGAUUAAGAUAGUGAAUUGUGAUAAGGGUCAGAGUCAGACCUAGUCAAAAGAGUAUUAAUAAUGAAUGAUUAAGUUAAGAAUGAUAAAGAUGCAUGGUUUGGAGUAUUCUGACCAUGUUACAUAUUUGAAAGUGGUUUAUCGUUUGAAUUGAGAUGUAGAAGAAUGGGUGUUGAAUAUGAGAUAUUGUGAAUUAGAAAGAGAGUUUUGUAGAUAGAUGUGAAGUGAAUGAUAGAGAGUAUGUGGAAUUGAGUUUAAUUAUUAGAAGUGAUAUUGUGAGUAAGAUAGAACGUUAGUCUUCAGCGACGACGCUUCAAGCUAACCGGGAUUUCAUCUACUAUCAAGAUGAGCCAGCUUCAUUGCGAAUGAUAAUGUCUGCAAGGAAUCUUACGAGACUAUCACGAGCGAGAACGUCGAGAAGAGGACAUACCUUGAACAACGGCUUAUGGGAGCAGAGCAAGAAUUUGAGAAGACCUUGGCAAUAUCUUUCUUCAAUAAAAACUUAUUUUAAUUCUUCUCAUCAUCAUUAAGUCCUUAUUGGGAUAUCUUUUCUACAAAAGUUUUGAUAAAUGAGAUUUCUUAUUUCUCGAAUGACGAGAAAACAUUGGUAUUGAUUAUUGAUAUUGGUAUUGAUUCUUGGUGUGUGAUAAAGGUUAUUGUGAGAAGACAAUGAUAUUUCUUGAUAUUCCUUGACAUUCCGUAAUAUUCUUUGAUAUACCUUGAUAUCUCUUGAUAUUCUUGAGUAUUCUUUGAGAUUCCUUGGUAUCCCUUCCAUCUGAUUGGGAUGAACAACCCUAUUUAUAGGGGACACAAGGUAUACCUGUCUGUGUGAUAGGAGUUGGAUGGGACGCCAUCACUUGUGUGUGUUGUGAUUACAAGAAGGUUAACGACCUUUAGUAGUGUCUAAUAUGGGCACGCAACACUAAGUUCGUUUGAUCAUAGUGAUCUCUCAGUCACUCUCUUAUUCGAACAUGACCUAUUGUGAAAACAUUUUGUUCCAUUCUAAAUCCUUAAAGAUUGAUCCUAAGAACUGAACUCUAUAAUUGUGAAAGUUUUGAUAUUCUUAUUUAUAAGGUCAAAGGUAUGCCAAGGUCGAUUAAAGGUGGGGGAUGAUAGUAUGAAGCGUGUACAUUUUCGUUCUCUUCGCGGAUUCUGAGGACAGAAUCCUUAUAAGGAGGGUAGAAUGUAACAUCCCAGAUUUUCAGAAUUUGUUUAUUAAUAUAGAAAUAAGUUUUUGAAUAUUAUUAUUGGCCUUAAUUGAUUUUGUUUCUGAUAAGGUGAAUGGUUUGUGUAGUAUGAGUAUAAUUGUGAUGUGGAAAUAUAAGGUUUAAACAGAUUAUGCCUUCUUCUUCUGUGAUUUCGUAUAUUUUAGUGACCCGGAUUUUUCAAAAAUUGUUUAUCGUUAUGAAAGUUAUUUUCUUAGAAAGAAAGGAAUAAAGUUUAAUAUUUUAUUCCAGUUUAAUGUGUUUUCAAAAUAGUAUAAUUGAAUUCCGGGUUAUUGUAUUAUUGAUACGGGGACUGUCUUUUCAAAUUUUAUUUCAUAUAAUUGAUUUUUUUUAAAGAUUUAAAAGAUUGCUAUUGUUACAUGGCUAGGUGCUGCAUGUGAAUUGCGAGUUUAAUUAGUUAUAAUAAAUAAAUGUGAAUAUUGCAUGAAUUUUGGUGUAAAUUGAUUUUCUGUAAUUGGUAUUUAUACGUGUUAGAACUGUGAGUUUAAUUAUUGAUAUUAUCAGAAUGAGCCAGAUAUUAUUUAGAUAUUUUCAAAUGAUUUAUAUAUGGAAUUAUGAAUAUCCUUUCAAAACUCAUUUCGAAUACAGAGAUUUGUCAUGCAAGUUAGAUGGUUGAUAUGUGAAUAUAUGUAUUACAUGAUUAAGUGUUACGUGUGUAAUGGUCAUGUAACCAGUUAUGGUUAUUUACGAAUAUUACUUGAAUAUUUGGUAAAUUAUUUGAUAACUAGUUUUCUAUUUUGGUUACUUAUAUAUGUUGCAAUCGCGAGUUUUUAAUUUUUAUAUUCUCAGAAUAAAAUAUGGUACAUUUGGGUAUUUUCAUAAUGAUUUAUGAAUAAUAUGUGAUAUUUAUAUGAAUAUUUGUGAGGUUUGUGUUAUCGGGUUUAUUAAAUUGACUGCUCAUAUGUGUUCGGAUUCGAGAUAUUUCAAUUUUGAUAUGAUCAGGAUAAAAUAUAGUUUAUUUAGAUAUGUUCAUAUCGAUUUUUGGAUUGCUAUGUGAUUUUAUAAUCGAUUUAUGAAUUUAAUUUUGUUUAAUCAUUAAUUAUAUUUAAAUAGUUAUUUAACAAUUUAAACCCCGUGGGCGUUCGGGAGAAUUUCGCCAUUAGGCUAUUUGGGACAUUCUGAGCAUUUCUCGUGUUUUAACUUUUUCAAUCCGGAGUACGGUUUGCCCUGUAAAUGAUCCGGUACGAUUUUGCUAAUAUUUUUAAAGUUAAUAAUUAUCUGGUUGUCUCGUAACGCGUGAAGCAUAUUCCAGGAAUAUUCCAAAGCAUAUUCAAGGAAUAUUCUCUUAUCUUCUUCUAUAAAUAUCCUUUACCAGUUUAUUUCGCACGUACAAUCAUUUCGUCCGUUUCUCUGCACGAAUACCGAGAGAAGACGAACGGGUGUUCUUCGUGUUCUUCAUAUUCAAACGAGGAUUUGAAGGCGUUAUUGGAAUCCGAUGGAGGCGUAUAAAUAGUCAAAACGAAGCUCUCGACGCGUAGAAUCUAUUGUAGUCAUCAAUAUCAGCGCUGAAUCGACAGAUCAAUGGAGAACCAAACUGUGAGGCUAAACACGAUGGCUAAUCCCAACACACAGAUCCUAGGAUCUGAUGAGGGUCACCAACCGACGCCUAACCCUAACACAUCGAUCGUUGUAUCUGAUGGGGGCUAGACGCCGGUUGGAUAUGUACCUACGGAGUAUGUUCCAGUGGGACACACUAUCUUUGGACAGUUUAGUAUACUCUUUGGACAGACUCCACCAGGUUUCAGACCGGCGAUACAUACUGCACCCUUUGCACCUGCUGUGCCUAUGGUUCCUAUAUGCCUACUGCACAUAUUGAGAAACCUUAGAAGUUUAACGGAUCGAACUUCAAACGUUGGCAACAAAAGAUGUUGUUUUAUCUGACCACGUUGCAUCUGGAUCUCUACCUUAAGGAAGAGGCACCGUUGCUCACUGCUGAGAGCAAUGUACAGGCUGUGUAUGUUGUUGAUGCUUGGAAGCACGCCGACUAUAUUUGUCAGAAUUAUGUGCUCAACUGUCUGGUUGACUCGUUGUAUAACGUGUGUAGCACAAAGCAAACAGUUUAGGACUUAUGGGAAUCACUUGAACAUAAGUAUAAAAUCGAGGAAGCUUAAGGCAGCCAAGACUUCCAACUGAAGUCUUAAGGCAGCCUCACUCUUCUCAAACACUAUGACCCUAACAUAUUGUAAUUCUAGGUCUUUGGUCAGUUGUUCCAUUUUAGGAUUAAGUACUUUUAUUUCAUUCAUGUUAUAGUCAUGAAUCUCUAGUACCAGAGCAUUGUUCUUAAGAGUAAGAGAUUUCAGUUUAUUUUUGGCAUCAUCCCUCUCUAAUCCUAAUUGCGUAAAAAGUUUAGGAUAGGAUCUACUUGAGAGCUUCCAGAGUGAGGAGGAGAUUAAUGUUCUAAAAUGCCCUUGGAGCAAAGUUUCCCAUAUGCUCUUAUUCAUCACUGUUAGUAUCUAAUAAAACAAAACAGAGAGGAACAAACUUUAACAGAGUCUUAACCAUGAGUCGUUAAUCAGAAUAAUGUUUAAGCACUUGGUUACAUUAGAGUCAACUACAGCUCAGGGUCACAAGGAACUUUUAUGCCUUCCUAUAUUUUUAUACAUUUUUUUUCUUUUUUUAUUUGUGCUCGGUCUAAGGCCGGGACGCUUCCCAAGGUAAGUAACUUAUGACCACCUGUUGGAAUGUAGGCCGCAGCCCAGUACGCCAAGGCCCAAUAGAGGUCCGGCCCACUGUUUAAAACUUCACCAAACGUUCCUAGCGCGCAACGGUCGAGGUGCGAGGAUCCCGCCUCCUUAACUCACCAUUACUUCCCUCCCGCAUCGGGCGGGAGCGUUACAAACUCAGGUUCAUCCCCCUCCUAUAUAAAGUGGGUAAAUCAAGGGUAAAAGACAUUCACUUAUACACUCGUACAUACAUUUACGCUUGCAGUUCUUUAAAAACCCUUUUGAGCCACUAACUUAUUCUCACGCCGGAGGUGAAUCGGGGGGACAAUCCCUCGCAUUCUUCUCAAUUUCAGGUCGCAUUCAGGCUUCGGCAUCCGGCAGAAUCUUGGCUCCAACAUUGGCGCCGUCUGUGGGACCUGCAAGUAGAAUCUCUUAAAAAUAAACACCAUGACAAACCCAACUGAGCAAACCACUGGAAACACCUCCAACCCAAAAGCCGGUUUAGACUUUGGCAACAGUCCCGAAGGGCUGCUGCCCACCCCGGAAGAGCAACAGCAGAUGCUGCUGAAAUGGAGGGAAGAACAGGCUGCUAAAGCCCAGUCUUCCAAGACUAAAGAACAAGAAGCCGCCCGACUAGCCAAGAAGAGGGAGGCCGAUGAACUACGGCUGAAAGCCCUCCAGCUACAAAGGGAAGAAAUUGAGCUCCAGGAGAGAGCCCUCCGAGAGGCCUUGGAGGCCGAAGGAGAUCGAGUGCCGGAGGGCGAAGGAAACAAGAAGAGGAAUCGGGAAGACCAAGAUGGGUCUUCGGACUCUGAGUCGCACUCCCGAGGGCCUCGUCACAGGCAUGUCACACCUUCGGAUUCCGAAGGGGAGGAAGAUCCCCACAUGCGGGACCGACUCCGCCGAAUGGAGAAGGCAAUGUUUGGGGACAAGACGUUAACCCAUAAGCCAGUUAUAGUCGACGAGAUUGAGCAAUAUCGGCCGCCCCCGGGGAGACAGUUCCCGAAAAUGAAUGAAUUUAAUGGGAAGGGCGACCCGAUCGAUCACUGCGACAAAUACGAAUCCCUUAUGACCGGUAUGGGGCAUUGUGACAUCAUGCUCUGCAAGAUGUUCAAGACCUACCUCAAGGGGUCUGCUAUGAUGUGGUACCGAUCCCUGCGUCCAAGAUCGGUUAGUUCCUACGAUCAGCUGAAGCGCAAAUUCUUGAGGCACUACUCUCACUUGUGCCGAAGAGAGAAGGACACUGAGGCCCUCAUUCACUGCCGACAGAGGCCUAAUGAAGAGUUGGGUGAUUACUUGGCCAGGUUUAAAGAAGAGGCUGGGAUGGUAACCAACCUGGACAAGGUAAAGGCCGCAGGAUUCCUCACGGCUGGUCUGGACCCGGUGAAAGGUAAGAAACUCCGAUCAUCUUUGUACGACAUACCCCCGAAGUCGUUGAACGAUAUUUACUUACGGGGGGAGAGCAUCAGAAGAAAGAUGGAGUCCAUUGGGGGACAUAAGAAUGACCGGAAAGAUGAUCGAUACGGUUCCCGUUCGGACAACAAGGGAAGAAGAAAUGAAGGCUAUAGAGGCCGAAGGGACGAGAGGGACGAGAAGCUAGACAGAGGGGCCGAACGAAGGAGAGAUAGAGACAGCACUGUGUUCACUCCCCUGAACGCAUCUGCCUCCAAGAUUCUCAAUGAAAUUAAGGGGAAGCCAGGAUUCGUUCGGCCGCCGAAGAUGAAGAUUCCCGAUUACAAGAAGAACUCCGAUAAGUAUUGUGACUAUCAUCGGGACAACGGGCAUAAUACCGAUGAAUGUUACCACUUGAAGAAGUUGAUAGAGAAGAUGGUUAAGGCUGGUGACUUGAACCAGUAUGUUAAAGAUCUGAGGGAUCGGUUAGGUCCCAAAGAAGAUAAAGGGAAGGCACCCGAAGAGGGAGAACGGUACAGGGGCGAGGUCCAGACAAUAUUCGGGGGAAUAGUUUUAGACCGAAGCAGCAAAACGGCAAAGAAGAAGUAUGCCCUGCAGGUCUACAAUCUCUACAGCAUCAACUCCACUAAGCAGCAGUUCCCCAUAAUGUUCUCCCAGGAAGAUUACGAGGAUGUCAUUCUGCCGCACGAGGAUCCGUUGGUCAUUAAUCCCGUGAUCGGGCAGAACAAGAUCUGGAAGGUGCUGGUCGAUGGAGGAAGUUCUGUCAACGUCCUCUAUUAUAACACCUACCAGAAAAUGAAUUUGGAAGGCAAACAGAUCGAUACCUGCUAUGAAGCUCCUCUAUAUUGGUUUGGCAAUCAGCCCGUCCCGAUCGAAGGUAUGAUCCACUUGCCCUUGUUGCUUGGUAAAUCCCCCUAUACUGUGGAGAAACAGGUCAAGUUCUAUGUGGUUCGAGUGGAAAGCCCGUUUAAUGCCAUUUUGGGGAGACCCGUUCUUGCUGCUUUUGAAGCUAUUGCCUCUAUUCCCCACCUCAAGCUAAAGUUCCCGACCGAGAAAGGAGUGGGAGAGAUGAGGGGCGAUCAGAAAGCCGCCCGAAUCAUUAUGCUGGAAGAUCUUGAGAUAGACAAGGAUCUAGGUGGCGCCGAAGGAAAUAAACGGCGCCGAACCGAAGAUGGUCCUAGGGACAGUGGUCACGCCCUGCAUAUAGAGUUGGAGAAAUUUGGGAACAAUCUUUCGAACCCGAUCGCCGAGCCAGGCACUAAGACCGAAGAGGUGGAAUUAUACGCAGGUUGCUCGGGAAAGAUGGUUCGGAUCGGUAAAGACAUGGAAUCAGGGCUGAAGGAGAAGGUGAUUGAUGUGGUCCGUCGGUACCAUGAUGUUUUUGCCUGGGGGCCCGAAGACAUGCCGGGGUUGGAUGAGUCGAUCGCUCGGCACAGGCUAAAUGUUCAUCCACAGGCCAUUCCCGUCAAGCAGAAGAAGAGAAACUUCGCCGUGGAAAGACAGAAGGUGAUUGAGGUCGAAGUGGAAAAACUACUGGAAGCAAAGUUCAUCGAGGAGAUUGAAUAUCCCGAAUGGCUGGCUAAUGUGGUGGUGGUCAAGAAGUCCAACAAUAAGUGGAGAAUGUGUGUCGAUUAUACCGACCUCAACAAAAAUUGCCCGAAGGACCACUACCCUCUGCCGAACAUCGAUCAGCUGAUAGAUGCCACCUCUGGCUAUCAAAUACUCAGCUUUUUAGACGCAUUUUCGGGCUAUCAUCAGAUCGCCAUGGAUGCCGAGGAUAUCCCCAAGACAGCAUUCAUCACCUCGAAAGGCACCUAUGCCUACAUCAAGAUGCCCUUCGGUCUGAAAAACGCGGGGGCCACUUUCCAAAGGAUGGUGAACAAAGUCUUCGCCGAACAGAUAGGACGGAACAUGGAAUGUUACGUCGAUGACAUGAUAGUAAAAUCCUUGUUUCAUGAUCACGCUGAUGACCUCAAAGAAUGCUUUGAGACCCUAAGACGGAACAACAUGAAGAUCAACCCCGCCAAGUGCACCUUCGGGGUUUGUAGUGGCAAGUUCCUAGGGUAUAUGGUCAGUGCGAGAGGGAUCGAAGCGAAUCCCAAAAAAAUAAAGGCGGUGUUAGAUAUGGAAGCCCCGAAGAUCAUUCGGGAAAUUCAAAAGCUGACUGGACGACUAGCAGCCCUCCGUAGAUUCAUCUCUCGGUCAGCUGAAAAGGCGCUCCCUUUCUUUGAAGUGUUGAAGGGAGCAAAGAAUUUUGAGUGGGGGCCGAACUGCGUGAAAGCCUUCGAGGAAAUAAAGGAGUACCUGAUUAAAGCCCCUCUAUUGAUGAGGCCUGAUCCGAAGGAAACGCUCCAGCUGUACUUGGCAGUGAGCGACCGAACCCUUGGUGCGGUUUUAGUGAAAGAGCACGAGAAGAACCAACACCCGGUCUUCUAUGUGUCUCAUAUGUUGAGGGAUGCAGAAACCCGAUAACCGAAUGCCGAGAAGUUCGCAUAUGGGCUGGUCAUGGCCUCCCGAAAAUUGCGACACUAUUUCCAAGGGCGAACGAUACAAGUGGUCACCGACCAACCUUUGAAAAAGAUCCUCAGCCGACCAGAGGCUUCGGGCAGAGUCGUCGCCUGGUCCGUAGAAUUGGGGGAAUACGACUUAGAGUAUGUUCCCCGAACAGCCAUCAAAGCCCAAGCCUUGGUUGACUUCAUGGUGGAGUGCAUUUUUUCGGGGCCGAAGGACUUGGAACCGAAAGAAUAGCUCAUCAGGACUCCAGGAAAGUGGAAGUUGUUUGUGGAUGGGUCGGUAGCCGGGUCAAAGUGCGGGGCGGGAUUGAUCCUUUCCAGUCCCGAUGGAUUUGAGAUUUGUCAAGCCAUCCGAUUCACUUUCCCUUUGACCAACAAUGAGGCCGAAUACGAAGCCCUCCUGGCAGGAAUGGGUCUAGCAAAAAAUCUCGAAGUAAGGCAUUUGAGGGCUUUUAGCGACUCCAUGCUGGUCGUCAAGCACUUUUCCGGGGAAUAUGAACAGAAAGAGCCCCGAACGAAAGCUUACGCCUCUAAAGUGCGAGAAAAGACUCAGUUUUUUGAAACAUUUGAAUUAAGCGCCAUCGGUCGGGAGGACAAUGGUCGUGCCGAUGCUCUCUCUCGCCUAGCCUCGGCUGAAACUCAAAAUUUGACGAGGUCCAUCUACUUGACUGAGGUAAAAACUCCUUCGGUCGACAAGAAAGCUUGCCUGGAGAUUCAUCAAGGCAUAAAUUGGAUGACCCCCAUCAGAGCCUACUUGGAGAAGGGGUUCUUGCCCUUGGAGAAAAGGGAAGCUCAAAAGGUAAAAUACCGAGCAGCUAGCUAUACACUGAUCGGGGGCUGACUCUUUAGGCGAUCAGUCUCUCAGCCCUUGCUCCGAUGCCUGGAUUCAGAGGAACAGCUCCUUGCCCUAGAAACAGUUCACGAGGGAAUCUGUGGCGAACAUCUGGCCGGCCGAUCCCUGGCCAUAAAGAUACUCCGACAGGGUUUUUUCUGGCCAACCCUAAGGAAAGAUGCCGCAAACUACUCAAAGAAAUGCCGACAAUGUCAAAUACACAGCAAUGUUCCGAAGCAACCCCCGGAGGAAAUGACUUCGGUCCUCAGUCCGAUACCAUUCUCCAUGUGGGCCAUCGACAUAGUGGGGAUCUUACCGACCAGUACUCGACAUGCUAAAUACUGUAUAGUGGCCAUUGACUACAUGACGAAGUGGGUCGAAGCCCGACCACUUUCAGCUAUCACCGAGCAGGUCGCCAAAAAAUUCUUCCUGGAGCAGAUAAUUGUGAGGUUCGGGAUACCGAUGGUAUGUGUAUCCGACAAUGGUACUCAGUUCGUUGGAAGGAAGUUCAAAGAGUUCUUGGCCAGCUUCGGCAUUCAACAAAGGUUCAGCUCGGUCGGUCAUCCCCAAGGAAACGGGGCGAUCGAGGCAGCCAACAAGAUCAUCUUCCAAGGUAUCAAGAAGCGCCUUGGAGAAGCUAAGGGACUGUGGGCCGAAGAACUCCCCUGGGUCCUCUGGGCGUACCGAACCGCUCCUCGGUCUUCAACAGGAGAAACGCCGUUUCGGCUAGCUUAUGGGACCGAUUCACUUGUUCCAGUCGAGAUUGGCCUAGAGUCUUACCGAAGCCAGGUCUUCAAUCCCGACACUAACGAAUUUGGCCUACGGGGAAACCUGGAUCUCCUAGAAGAAGAAAGAGAGGCAGCCCAUCAGAGGAAUGUCCAAUGUCAACAACAAGCGUCUCAGUAUUAUGAUUCGGGCAUCCGAAAGCGUUCUUUCAGAGUCGGGGACAUGGUUCUCCGAGAUUUGGCUACUUCUAUGCCGACCAAGGAAGGAAAGCUUAUGCCGAACUAGGAAGGACCUUACACCAUUAUCGAGGUCAUUCGGUCGGGAACCUACAAACUGGCAGGGAUGGAUGGAAGCACCAUUAAGAAUACUUGGCAUGCUUCCCAACUCCAAAAAUACUAUCAGUAAGGCUUCCCGCCCGAACAUUUCUCUUUCCAUUUUUUAAGUCCUCCAGUUAUGUAAUUAUUUCCCUUACGAUCAAUAAAAGUUCCUAUUUCAAAUUCAGGAUAGUUGUAACUUGUUUAAUACUCCGGUCGAUCCCGUAACUCGGGGCAACCUGAUUAAGAUACGGGACCGAAGGAAAUGGCCAUGAUUAACCUAAAUAUUUGCACGAUUGUUUCUAUCUCUAAUGGGGCCGAUCGAGUUCCUAACUUAAAGAUAAUAACAAUCUCCAAAUAUUGGGGGAAUCAAUGGACAUCAUACUGAAGCCAGUUUUUAGGCUAAAGAUGUACACUUGUAAAAAUAAAAUAAAAUUUUGACAUGUAUCGAGACCUUCGGUCGGAGACAUAUAUCAAAGUUCACCGUAUCGAGACUUAUCAGUAUGAGACAUACGAAAAUGCUAAAAUUGUAUCGAGACCGAACGGUCUAAGACAUACAUAAAUUAGAAAGUAAACUCGUGUCAAGACCGAUCGCUCGACCGAAGAAAUAUGAUGAAGUUUAAAACAUGUAUGGAGACGAUUCAAAGUCAAAGACAUACAUUAGCAUUAUCCAAGUUAUAUCCAAGACAUACAUCGGAAACGAAAACAUGUAUUGAGAUAAACCAAGUAUCGAAAGCAAUCCCGAAGGCGAAAUUAAGUAAAAGCCCGAAGGCGACAUAUUUGUACAAGCCCGAAGGCAAAUUGUUCUUACAAUAACAGCCCGCAGGCCAACAAAUUACAAAAGAAAAGAUUACUCCGAGUAAUCAGUUUCGGGAUCGGAGGAGACGACCAGAGGCUCGUCCGGAUCAUCACGGCCGACUGGAUCAGAAGAGCCUUCGUCCAGAAGUAGCUUGUGAUCCAAGCCUUCCUUAUGAGCCCGACGAACCGUCUCGUCGUACCCGAUCUCGAGGAACCUAUCCUCGGUCUUCUCCAGGAUUUUCUUCGCCUUCUUCUCCCUUCGGCGAGCGGCUUUCAGGGCCAGGUUCCGACGCUGGACCCUUCUUGUCAGAGUAUCGACCUGACCCUUCAGUCGACCUUCUGACUCCCGAAGGUCUUUUAUGUCCUGAUGGGCCGCAUUCAGCUCGGUCUUCAGAGCUGCCAGGGUGUCUUCAGCAAGAUUGGCCCUGAUAGUGAGGGCAUUGACCCCGGGCAUCUUCUUCUGCAUGUCCUGGACUUUGUCAGUCACCGCCGCCGCCCAGAGAGAAGCCUGCACAAAAAUUAGACAAGUUAAAAUCACACCCGAAGCCUAUGAAACGAAGAGGUGAGGAACGAUGAUACUUACCAAGGAAAGAAAACACAUGAGCUGCUCACAAGCUUGCAGCGCGGUGGCCGACUCAUAGGUUCCCCUGUCGGCCGGAAGAAUCUGGGACCUGCAAAAAUCUCCAGAAACGUCCUUGAUCCGGUCGGGAGCCAGGAUCGCUAUCGAAUCGGUCGACAAGACCGACCAUUCGGGAACGUAAGGCCGGACCUCAGAAGAACCGUCCGGCCUUGUCCUCUUCCUAGCCACCUCGGGGGCUGGAGCGUCUUCGACCUCAGAGGACUUCUCGAUCCCUCCCUCUGAGCGACCGACCUCCGGGGUCUUCUCCCUAGCCACAUCCGCCUGGACUAUGGCACCAACUGUUGUCUCGCCGCGGGCCUUUGCUUCGGCCUCCUUCUUGGCCGCCAUGGCCUUCGCCGUCUUCCGCUUUAGGGCUUCGGUCCGAGAAGACACUGCACCAGAAAACAAGUGUCAAAGCAAUGCACAGAUAUAAACGGAAAAGUUGAAUAACGGAAGAGAAGCAUAGUAGAAACAGAAAGACUACCGUCACUACCCCAAAGAGUAAAGAGCCACUCCUUUUCCCGGCUCGUCGAUAACAAGAUCCGGUUCGGCUCCUGGACUUUGCUGAGCUUCUCAAAGUCCUCCAGGUCCUUGCCGACCAGAAGGGGAGUGGUGAUGAUUGAGGGGUCGACCUCCCUCCACGUGGAGAACUUGUGGAUUGAGUGACCCCCCAGAUAGAACCAUCGUUCGUGGGUCCCUUUGUUGCUCGAAUUGGUCUCGCACCAAUUCGGUCGGCCGGUCAUGCGGCCGAUGGUGUAGAAGCCAUUGCUCUUGGCAUUUUUCUUGAAAUCGUGAUGAUUCCAGAAAAGAGCUGGCCGAGGAGACACGCCAGUCAUCAGACACCGAUGCUGGAAUACGUUUAUAUACGUAAAUCCAUUCGGGUCCAACUGUCCCAGGGCGAUCCCCGUCUGCUUCAGGAGUUUCUUCAGCAGGGGGAGCAUCGGAAGCCGAAAGCCGCACUUGAAUGCGUUCUCGGAGAUGCCCACGCACCUAUGGCCGUCCUCCGACUCGGGAGUCUGGUAGAUGCAGUCAUUCGCGAUGGCCGGGUAAAUAUCCCAUGACCGAUGAAUCUGGUAUUUUAUCCGAAACAUCUUCAGAUCCGCUUCGGUCAGUAGGGAAGGAAAGUUGGCCAUAGGGAACUUCAGCGCAUCACUGAAGUAAUCCGCAGCCGAGUAAGAGGUCCCCACAACAUCACCCGACCGAUCCAUUUGCCUGCAAACGAGAGAAGGCAAACAUAAGCCAUGUACUCGGAAAGAAAGAAGAAAAGAAAAAGAGGCGAGCCCGAGUACAUAGGGCCGAAUCGGGUCGGGCCGACGGGGCUUAAAACCUAACCCUAGAAAACCAACCCAAGCGACAAGACAACACACAAAGAAAAAGCAGCAAACGGGGGGAAAAGACAACGGCAAUGCCCGAGUUGAAAACUCGAGAACCGCCAGAAUACCCCAACCACAAUUCUAAUCUACGACAACUCAACAAGAUAGCAUUACAAUAUGGACAAAACUGAAAAAGUCGAAAACUACCGGCAAUCAACAAAUAUCUUCGAACCGGCGAAAAACUUUCACCGGAAGAUACAAUACAAAGAAUCAACGAUAUCUAGCAGCAUUCUAAAAAGACAGUAAGAGAAAUCGACAGGGAAGGAAGAGGAACUUACUUGUUGGAGAAAGAACGGAAAGAAACGGUGGAGAUGAGCCGGAACUGGGACCGCCGCCGGAUGCUGGGAGAGUAAGAGCUUGAGAGAGCGGGGAGUUGCAAAGAAGGAGAAGAGAGUUUGGGAAUAUAAAAAGAAACCGGUGGUAAUGAUUCAUAUUUAUAAGCUCUCGUGAAAAGGCGCGCCCUAUUAAUGACACCCUUUGGAAUGCACGGCCCAGAUUCAACGCGUAUCUCGAGGUAACGUCAUCCAGCACUCAAGCGACGCCCUGCGCCGUUCGGACCAGACACUUUGAAAUCAUACCAAAGCGCCUGUCGAUCUCCCAGCCUGACGCCUCAUCCGAUCGGUCAGUCGAAACAAACUCAGACUUCGGCCGCGUUUACAACCCGACCGAAGCCUGGGGACAUGUUGGAAUGUAAGCCGCAGCCCAGUUGCCAAGGCCCAAUAGAGGUCCGGCCCACUAUUUAAAACUUCACCAAACGUUCCUAGCGCGCAACGGUCGAGGGGCGAGGAUCCCGCCUCCUUAACUCACCAUUACUUCCCUCCCGCAUCGGGCGGGAGCGUUACAAACUCAGGUUCAUCUCCCUCCUAUAUAAAGUGGGUAAAUCAAGGGUAAAAGACAUUCACUUAUACACUCUUACAUACAUUUACGCUUGCAGUUCUCUAAAAACCCUUUUGAGCCACUAACUUAUUCUCACGCCGGAGGUGAAUCGGGGGGACAAUCCCUCGCAUUCUUCUCUAUUUCAGGUCGCAUUCAGGCUUCGGCAUCCGGCAGAAUCUUGGCUCCAACACCACCAUAAGACUUCGCUAGAUUAUUUUUUUUUCUUUUUUUAAGUCAAGUAAUUCUCCAGUAACCAAGGGUUGCGAAAAGUCCCCAAGAAUUUUUUUCAUCUCCAGUACAGUUGCACUUAAUACCAGCACAAGUACAUGGAUCGUUCCUUCCACAUGACAUUGCAUUCUUCACCCAUUGAUCUCAAAGGAGUACCUGAUAGUUUAUUUUCAAUAUUUUUUUUAUAAUAUUUUUUUUUGAUUUUUCUAACAAUUGAGAAACCAUCCCCACACUAAAGUGGUACAUUGUCCUCAAUGAACUAAUAUGACACAAAUAUAUAAAUAUAAUAUAAGUUAAAAAGAAAACUCCUCUGAAUUCCAUUGAGUUGUGAAUUGGCUUUGACUUAUCACUUUUUUAUUAAAUUUGGAUGCACCUUUUUAACAUCUGCACUAGAUGUCACAGCGGUUUGAUGGUGGCUCAUAACACCUGGACAUUGGAGGUCCGGUUUGAUGGUGGCUCAUAACACUUGGACAUUGGAGGUCUUGUGUCCAACUCCUAAAAGCUUCCUUUAAUUAAUUAACACAACAAUUGGGCCGAUGUACAAGGUUUGAAGCCAAACAGGAACACAAAAACAACGUGGAAAAUGUGACGUAGGAGAGAAGGGCUUCAAGUUGUCUGAGCAAGUUCUACUAGUGGGCUGGUCUGAUAGUUGUCUUGGGCUCCUGAACUUAGUUGCAGAAGUUGGCUUGGCAUCCUGGAGGCUUGUUAUGUGGACUCUAUAAAGAACCAUGCUGUAGAGAAAUCAGUCGAAGUGGGCUGGGCUGCUGAGAAACUAAUGGACUGAGUAGCUUGUACAUGCUUUGGAAUGGACACCGACAAAGUUGGUGGAAGCAGGCUCGUACAUGUACAGGAGGGGACAUGAUUUGAACUUUGAAGAACAAAAUAAAUAGCGCCUUUCUAGAGAAAAAUCAUAGGCGUGAAACUAUAUCAACAUGCCCAUGAAAUUCGUCUACUGCAGGGUAGGUGCGCGUGAAUGAAUGCUGAGGAUAGAGAAUGAGCGCUCUUGAUAGAAUGUAUUGUACCACCAACAUAGAAUUUAGUAUGGCCAUCCCAAAUAUACUGUCCACUACUCUCACAAAUACAAAUCAGUUACUUCCUUAACUAGCUUUUUUUUCAAAACUUAUUUAUUUCUUUAAAAAUUACCUAAAACACUUCAUACAAAUUCAUCAAGGCAUCUCGUGAGAGGGAAAAAACAAAUAAAAUUUCUAAAGUCAUAAAAAAUAUAUUAUAUAAUAAAUUAACUUAUAUACACCUUGGGUUGCCUUCCAAGAAGCACUCCUAUAAAGUCAUUAGCUUGACCUUUUCAAAUCACGUAGAAAUAAACGUGUAGAAUCCAUCUUCUCGACCAUAAACUUACCACCAAGAAUAAAAUCAUGAACAUCAAAUGUUGUCUUUAUCCUGCAAAAAGUCUCCAAACAAGUAUUAGUAAACUUAAUUGUCACAUCAAGAAGUAACAACUGAUCUAAAUAUUUUAUAGUUUUGGAGUACUUUGUGAUAAAGCAAUGAUAGAUAUCACAUCCAUCAAAAGAUCGAACUCCCUUGAUAUUCACCCGAUGUAGAGGCUCGGGUGGUGGAAUCUCUGAACUCCUCACUUUUGCAGGAGUCAAUCGAAUCCAUUCGCUUCUCACAUCAAUAAAUAGAGAGUCAAUAUUGUCAUUUCCUUCUUUCGAGAAUUGAAGUGUAAGAGCCUUUUGGAAUGGAUCACCAAGCAAAUUUUGAGAAAGAAUCUCUUGGACAAUUCUUGACAUCAUGUCAACCUUGAAACAUGUAUUCUCAAGUACAAGAGUAGAGGUUAGAGUAAAAGCAAAUUUAUCGUUAUCAAACUACUGAUCCACUUUAGUCAUGUCAUCCAUCUGAGUAGGCAAUAGUAUUUCAGGCACAUAUGUUGGAAGACACAAGAACUGUAUUGGUAUUGCUUUUUUCAUUUACCUCGUCAUCAAACACAUGGUCUACAACAUCAAACUCACCACUGAUCUUAUCAUCGACAACAUGAUCAUCCUCUUUAUCAAUAGGCACAUCAUCAUCACAGAUCGAAAAACUAUCACUCUCUGCAUCACUUGCUAGAAUGAUAGUAUUUAUGUCAUCUUCAACCUGGAGAGACGGAGGAAGAGAAGAUUCAGUUUGUCUUGUGGUGGAAGAACUAGCCAACUAUACAAUUUGAGCCUCCAUCAUCAAUUGUUCAGCUUUGAGUUCCUUAAUCAUCUUGAUACUCUCUUCGAAGCUCUUCUGGAAAUUCAUAAUACCAUCCUCAAAACUCAUGUUGAUAUUUAUCAACAUAUCACAUAUGAAGUUAAACAUAUCAUAUAUGAUGAUGGAUUGUACUCAAGGGAUUAGUAUUCAGACCUAAUUAGGAGAUAGAGAUACGAAGCAAGAGACAAGAAGCCGCACAAGGGAGGCCGAGCAGAAGCCAUCAGCGGAGAAGAUUUUAGCCAUUGAAGACAUUCAAUUGGAUUGUUCCUCUUAUCUUUUAUCUAUCUCUUCUUAUGAGCACGUGUUUGUUAUAUUGGGAUUGUUUGAUACAUUUAUUAUGAAUAACUUUUGUGAGUUAGGAAUUUUAUAGAACAAUAGUAUGUGAUUGUUGGUAUUUAGAUAAGAAGUAUUAUAUGCAGUUUACAAUUUAUUCAUUCAAGUGGAUUUCAUGUUUAAUAUUUGCUAUUGUUUGGCCAACUCCAAAAAUUUAUUGAGUUAAUUAUAAUAUUGAAAGGGUUAUAAUUAAUUGACACAAUAAUUGAAUGGUGCAUGAUUAAACCUGUUGAUAUUAAUUUUGUGACAGUAUAGACAUAUAUUGUUACCUUGCAUGGCCGUGUGAAAUUGAUGCUUAAUCUGUCUUCUGGAAGUUAAAUUGGGCAUAGACAUAUGUUAAUUUAAUUACAAAAUCUAUACCAUAGUGAUUUCGGGAGAACCUAUGACCAUUAAAUUUCCUGAUAGUAAACUGUAAUUUGUUAUAAUAUUACACUGCUUUGUUGCCAGCAUGAACAUAUUGGGGGGAAGUAAUUAUCCUGACUUAACUUUUAGUAUCUAAAAUUGUCGAGAUCUCUUUGCUAGUGUAUUAUUAGUUAGUUAAUUUAGCUGUUAAAUAAUUAAUUUAAUUAGAAAAACAAAAACCCAAUUCUUGUGUUCUAUAAUUGAAUUGUUCGAUAUUAAUUUGCAAUCUAUACAAACACAUAGUCCUGGAGGAAUGAUAUCUGGUAUUCACUACUAUAUUACUUGCUCGUGAUUGUGUACACUUGCAUAUCUGUAUCUUACGCAUCACGUUUUUAGCGCCACUGCCGGGGACUGUUAUAGUUAUGUAAUUAGUUGUAAUAGUUAGUUAAAAAUAUUUCUCAUAAUCAUUUGAUCUGUAAAAAAUUGAAUAAAAAUCGAUAGCAUCUGUCUCCUUGAGGAUACGACCCACAUUUGCCAGUCUACACUA